AUGGAUGAAUUUCACAGACAUUAUGCCGCAGGGAAGCCUGUCACAAAGCAGCGCAUGCUGUAUGAUUCCAUUUGUUACGACGUUCUCUACCAGGCAAAAACUGCAAUUCCCAGCAGCCACCAGGAGCCUCAUGGCUUGAUAGGAAAGGUAAACCUUGACUUGUUACGUCCCUGUCCCGCCCCUCCAGUGGGUCGCCCGCGAAAUCUGAUCCGGUAUGCGGAGGUCCAAUGGAGAUGUGGGCCCAAGUCCCGCGAGAGCACGUGGCGCACAGCGACUACUGGGCUAAAGAACGCGCUGCGUUCAGCAUUGGUAUUUAUUACCUUGUCGAUCUCGCCUGCCGGGGUUUUCUGCCCCCUCCCGGACGAAGAAGGGAGGCGCAGUAUUGAGACGCCGGAGGAGCCGCCGUUAGCUCCGGACUGCCUUCCUUCCGACCAGACUCCAGCUCCAGCCCGUUUCUCACCUCAGGCUUCCUCUAUGGAUGAAAAUGCGGAUCCAGAACUCAGGCCAUCGCCACGCGAUGGGGAUGACCCGCCCCGGAUGUCCCCAGAUGCCGUGGCUGGCUUACCUGUCCAGGAGCUGGGGGAGGAGGACCGAGCUUCUCACUCCAGCCCUCUGGAAACAAGGCUUGGUACUCCUAGUGAGUUGAGCCCUCGAAUCGAGGAGCAAGAACUUUCUGAAAAUAUGAGCCUUCUUUCAGAAGGAACGAACAAGCCAGAGUUGGAGCCGGGAGAAGCCAUGGAAGGUGUAUCUGAAGAGCCUGCUCCAGAAGAUGAGGGAUGCACCACUUGGAAGUACAGCUUCUCCCAGCUACCUCGGUUUCUCAGUGGUUCCUGGUCAGAGUUCAGCACCCAACCUGAGAACUUCUUGAAAGGUUGUAAGUGGGCCCCUGAUGGUUCCUGCAUCUUGACCAAUAGUGCUGAUAACAUCCUGCGGAUUUAUAACCUGCCCCCAGAGUUGUACAGUGAGGGUGAGCAGCUGGAAUACGCAGAAAUGGCCCCUGUCCUGCGAAUGGUGGAAGGUGACACCAUCUAUGAUUACUGCUGGUAUUCUCUGAUGUCUUCAACCCAGCCAGAUACCUCCUAUGUGGCCAGCAGCAGCCGGGAGAACCCAGUUCACAUCUGGGAUGCAUUCACUGGAGAACUCCGGGCUUCCUUUCGUGCCUACAACCACCUGGAUGAGCUGACAGCAGCCCACUCGCUCUGCUUCUCUCCGGAUGGUUCCCAGCUCUUCUGUGGCUUUAAUCGGACUGUGCGUGUGUUUUCCACGGCCAGGCCUGGUCGCGACUGUGAAGUCCGAGCCACAUUUGCAAAAAAGCAGGGCCAGAGUGGCAUCAUCUCUUGCAUAGCCUUCAGCCCAGUCCAGCCCCUCUAUGCCUGUGGCUCUUACAGCCGCUCCCUGGGUCUGUAUGCCUGGGAUGAUGGCUCCCCUCUUGCCUUGCUGGGAGGGCACCAAGGAGGUAUCACCCACCUCUGCUUUCACCCCGAUGGCAACCGCUUCUUCUCAGGAGCCCGCAAGGAUGCUGAGCUUUUGUGCUGGGAUCUCCGGCAGCCGGCUCACCCACUGUGUUCUCUGAGUCGUGAGGUGAUCACCAAUCAGCGUGUCUACUUUGAUCUGGACCCGACCGGGCAGUUCCUAGUCAGCGGCAGCACUGGUGGGGCUGUUUCUGUGUGGGACACCAGCGGGGCUGGGCGUGAGAAGAAGCCGGAGCCAGUGCUGAGUUUUCUGCCCCAGAAGGACUGCACCAAUGGAGUCAGCCUGCAUCCUAGCUUGCCUCUGCUGGCCACAGCCUCUGGGCAGCGUGUGUUUCCAGAACCCACGGAGAGCGGGGAUGAGGCGGAGCAGGAGGUGGAACUUCCUUUGCUCUCUUUGCGCCAUGUCCACCUUGAAUGUCAGCUUCAGCUCUGGUGGUGUGGGGGGGAUCCAGAUACCAGUAUCCCUGAUGCUCACCAGGGCAAGAAGGGACAGGGAGGGACAGAGGUAGGUGGGGAAGAGUUUAUAUAAAAAGGUUUUAUAUACUAAAGUCUUUGUGUCUUUUUGGGG